AUGCACUUCAACAAAGUAGCUGGGCUCACCUUGAGCGUCGCCAUCCCCGCUUCCGGCCUCUCGAUUCCCCGAGAUGCAGCUCCUGAGCCUGCUUCUGGAGUAGUCUCCAAGAUAUUCUGCGAUGUUGUGCGUGGUCUUGUCACUGUCGCAAAACAGCAACCCCAGGCAACUCCGUUCUGUUCUUCCUACCUCAAGAUUCCUGUAGUCACCAAGACUUCCACGAUCACUUCUUUUACUGCAACCAUCACGAAAACAUCCACAAUCACCUCAGGAUCAACCACGACCACUGAUGCAACGAACACGAUCACAACAAUUGCAACUGGAACCGAGACGGCCUCCGCCACCAUCACAGAAACGACAACGACAACAGAAACCAUCUCCACUGUCUCCUACUUCCCCACUAUCACCGCAUGUGCAUCUCCACGAGCUGUGCAAAAGCGGGCUGCUGCUGCCCCUAUCAAGAAGCCUUCAUGCUUCGGCAACUACAUCGAAGGCCAGGCCCUUAGCUCAGCAUGCAAAUGCCUCUCCGUACCUACCUUAAGUACAACCACGACGACGACCUUGAGCAUUCCCACGACUACCACAACUUCAGUCACAGUACCCCUAACGAUUUUUGCAACUGCAACAGCAACGGAAACCGGUACCGCAACGGAUACCAUUACGAACACAGCCACAGAGACGUCCACAAUUACUGAGCGGACAACGGUCUACACCGCAACGUCUCCCGUCAUCGCCAUCCCCACAUUCACCGUCUACGCUAUCGGAGGCCCUAAUAGCGGCAACCCGAUAGCCGACGCAGGAGUGUAUAUACCCAAUACAGUAGGCGACCAGAGGGGAUUAUCGCCAGUGCUGCAGUUCACCACAGUGAACAACAACGUUCUCAAAGUUCUCAAUGGACCAAAUGCGGGCUCUACAGCUGCAACAAACCCCAAUGCAGGUGGUAGUGGAGCUUACGUUCUCUUUGGCUCCACUGCGAGUGGCCUACUUGAUACCACCUGCCAAGUCACUGCCAACAGCGACGGUACGUGUCCACUAUCUUGCCAGGCGAGCAGAGGUACUACUAGCUAUGAUUGUGGGACUUACUGGAGGAUUGGUAGCGAUGCUGAUGUUGGGAAUUGCAACCGAUUUACCCCCUAUGCCGUCGGUGGCUAG